AUGGUUGUCGUCGCUUUUCGGCUACUCGCAUCGACCUUAUCCUACUCCGUACCUCCUCCAAUCCGCCACCUCCUCAUUGAUUCUGCCAAAGAUCGCAAUUUAGCGCCUCAUUCUGUCGGCAUGUGGCCUCGUGGCGCGCCGGGAUCCGACGGUAAGCGAGCCAGUCAUGGAACUGCGAUCAUCCCAUCUUCCUUCACCAUGUUGAGACGCCAGGACAAUCGAGUCAAUGCGACGAAUUUUCCUCGAAAGCUCAUUGUGUUUGUGCUCGUCAUAUUCUGCGCUCCUGCUGUCUAUCUCCUCAUUGGUAAGACAUCCGAUAAAUCAACAGUACGCUUCAAAACGUAUCAGGUCUGGCUAUUCUCACGAUACUCUACCGGGUGGUUAUGUGGUUUACACGCAGACUUCACGGAACUUUACGUGAGUGGAUGUGUCGAUAGGAUGCUCAACAAGAAGGAAGGAGCUCGACGGAUACGACGAUACUUUUAUACGACGUUUCUACGAGAGCCUACCGCUCGUUUUAUCUCCGAAUAUCGUCAUGUUAAUCGAGGUGCCACAUGGAUUGCUUCGAGACAUAUCUGUAAUGGACGAGCGCCGACGUCUGAUGAAUUACCAUUGUGUUUCGACCCGAAUCUUGGAUGGGAUGACGUCAGCCUGAAUGAAUUUCUUCACUGUCCCUUCAAUUUGGCAUUUAAUCGUCAAACGAGAAUGCUCGCUGAUUUGACUCUUGUGAAUUGCUAUGCAAGGAAUGGUACGGAUCCUAGAACGAGAGACCGUAUACUUCUAGAGAGUGCCAAGAAAAACUUGAAAAACAUGGCAUUUUUCGGGAUCAAGGAACGAAUGGACGACAGUCAGCGAAUGUUUGAGCGGCUAUUUAACCUCAGCUUCAAUCGCCGUUUAUCAGCGUGGAGUCGAAGCAAGUCGAACGAUACAGAUGUAAGCCCGGAACAAAUGAGGCAGAUACGAGAGCGCAAUCAACUGGAUAUCGAGCUGUACGAUUACGCUGUUAAACUUUUCGAACAUCGACUGGCCAUAAUUAUGAAUCGAUCUUUGUCUAUGAACAAUGAGAUCCAUGAUCGAUUUACUUCAUUCGAAUUCGACUCACCAUCGAACCAAAAAGAAGUGCAGUUUGUUCGUGACGAUGAUGCUGCAGCGCCUCCAGAACGAGUAUUUCGUAAACCAAAGAACAGUGUGCUCAAUGAUGCUGAGUAUGAGGGUGAUGACGACGACGCUCAUGCUUCGUAUGAAAACACUGACAUCGAAUUUGAUCGGGUUUAA